AUGAAGGCUUUUGCAGCUUCUUCCCUAGCAGCCGCGCUUUACGCGGCGACAGCCUCCGCCGACCCCCUUCAAGCAUGCCCCAAUGAUAUCUGCUUCAGGGUCGCGGUCCCCCGGGCCGCUUCCAGCUCCGGCAGCGGAAACCUGUACUUUCAGAUGUCGGCCCCGACUAGCUACCAAUGGGUUUCUCUGGGAUCCGGCUCGACCAUGUCCAACUCGAACAUGUUUAUCAUGUACACUGACGGCAAUGGCAACGUCACUGUUAGCGCUCGUACCGCGCGCGGUCACACUAUGCCCCAGGUCUCCCAGGGCACCACGCUUGAGCUCCUCGCCGGCUCUGGUAUCGAGAACGGAAAGAUGAUCGCCAACGUCCGUUGCACCAACUGUGCGACAUGGAGCACCGGCUCCCUGGCCCUCAACUCGGCCACCAGCUCUUGGAUUGCGGCUUGGAGGGCCGGCGGCGCUAUCAACUCGGCCAGCGCCAGCCAGAGCAUCCAGCAGCAUGACGAUCAAACCAGCUUUUCCCUGGACCUGACCCAGGCGACUGUCCAGACCGACAGCAACCCGUUUGUGGGCACUUCUGGUGGUGGUAACGGCAGCGGUAGCGGCACCGGAAGUGGCAGCGGAAGCGGAAACGGCGGCUCCACCAGCGGCGGCGGUGUUGUAUUUAACGGAGGCGGCGGCAUGUCCAACGUCCUCCUCGCUCACGGCAUCAUAAUGUCGAUCGUGUUUAUCUUCUUGUACCCUGUCGGUGCCAUCCUCAUGCCCUUGUUGGGUAAGUGGAUGGCCCACGCUGCUUGGCAGUCUGUCGCCUUCCUCCUCAUGUGGGCCGGCUUCGGCACUGGCUACGUGUACGCCCGCGACAACGGUUAUCUCUUUGCCCAAACCCACACGUUGCUGGGCACUGUAGUCGUUGCCAUGCUGGCUAUCCAGCCGUUCCUUGGAGUGGCACACCACAAGUACUACAAGCAGAACCAAGCCCGAGGCAUUGUCAGCCACGCCCACAUUUGGUACGGUAGGGCUCUGAUGGUGCUUGGAAUCAUCAACGGCGGGCUGGGCCUCGAGCUCGCUAGCUCGUCGCGGGCCUAUGUCAUUGCGUACUCUGUCAUUGCUGCUAUAAUCGGCGCCGCGUGGAUUGGAUCCGCGGCUUGGGGCGAGAUGCGCAGGUCAAAGCACACCACCGCCGUCAAGCGCGAGCAGAGCCAUGAGUCUCCGGAGUCUCAGCAGCGCAUCCCCUACCGCCAAAAGAAAUAA